UUGUAGGUAGUACAAGAACUGAAAAAUAAUUUUUGGUUGCCAGUAUACCUGUAGUCGUUGCACUGAUCAGUCGAUAGUUUUGUGAUAAAUUAUUUCUCAAGUGAAUUAAAUUAUUAACCAUGGGACGUGAUUCUAGAAAGGUUUCAAGAGAACUUCGGAGUUCUGAAAAAAUUAAUAAGUCGCGUUCAGUCAAAAGAAAGAAUGUUUUUAAUCCGAAAACAGCCGAACGUGAUGAAAGUAUUCAGAGUACAUCUUCUAAAAAAUUAAAACAAAACACUGAAGAUGAUGUACCUGAAGACAGCAGUACUGAAUUUCGAAUAAUAAAUUUUAUUCAGGUAUUCACUGCAAUUUCUGCUCUUAUAAAAUGUAAAAAAUGUGAUGGAAAUGUAGUGUUUCAAACAGCAAGUACACGUGGGCUGGGAUUCAAAAUUGUAGUUGCAUGUAAUAACUGUGGAAAUGAAUAUAUUCCUUCCUGUUCUUUCGUUGGGCAUUCUUAUGAAAUAAACAGACGUUUCAUUUUUGUAAUGAGAAUACUAGGAAUAGGAUACGAAGGAUUGUGCAAGUUUUGCGGCCUGAUGGACAUGCCGUCUUUUUUAGAUAAAUCUACGCAUACAAUUUUACUGAAACAGAUUUUGAAUUGUAGUAAAGCCGUCGCAGAAACCUUCAUGACGAAAGCUGUGAAUGAAGAAAAGCAAGCAAUGCCAACAACUGAAAAUGAAGAUAUAAAUCAUCUAACUGUAUCGGGAGAUGGAACCUGGCAAAAACGGGGAUAUACAUCGUCAUUUGGAGUUUCUUCUAUAAUUGGCUAUUUUACUGGAAAGAUUCUUGACAUAAACAUUAAAAGUGCAUAUUGUAAGCUAUGUGAGUAUUGGAAAAAAAAAACAAAUACUGUUGAGUUCGAGGAAUGGUAUCAAUCGCAUGAAGAUGUGUGUUCUGCUAAUCAUCAAGGGUCUUCUGGGAAAAUGGAGGUGGAUGCGAUGGUCGAAAUGUUUUCGUAUUCUGAAACUAAAUAUGGAGUUAAGUAUGCCAACUAUAUUGGUGAUGGUGACUCCAAGACCUAUUCAGGAAUUAUAAAAUCAGAUCCUUACGAAAAUACAACUGUAAAUAAAAAGGAAUGUAUAGGGCAUGUCCAAAAGCGGAUGGGGAGUCGAUUACGUACGCUGAAGAGUAAACAAAAAGGUCUUGGUGGUCGAGGUAAGCUCACAGGAAAAUUAAUAGACAAACUAACUGUGUACUAUGGUUUAGCAAUACGCCGGCAUUGUGAUUCUAUUGAAAAUAUGAAAUCUGCUAUAAUGGCAACCUUUUAUCACUACGGCUCGAGUGAUGAAAAACCGAAUCAUGAUAUGUGUCCAAAAGGCGAAGAAUCUUGGUGCUCUUACCAGCGCGCUGAAGCAAGAGGAGAGCUUGAUACCUUUUCUCACGAUUAUUCUCCUUUACCUUCUGAUGUUUUAAAAGCUAUCAAGCCUAUAUACGAAGAUCUUAGUAAUGAAAAUUUACUUUCAAGAUGUGUAGGUGGAUUCAAUCAGAAUAAUAAUGAAAGCUUUAACCAACUAGUAUGGAAAAUAUGCCCAAAAACGUCUUGAUGAAUACACUAGGACUUAAUUGUGGGCCUAAUUCUCAUCGGUAUGCAGAAAGAAUGGAUGCUGCACGUAUCAAAGUAGCAGAUAAGCGCGCUAAUGAUAACACCCGAGAAGGUCGAUUGCAACGUAGGCACCAGCAAAUCGAUAUUUUGGAAGCUGCUAUGUCGGCUGAAGAGCUAUUAUAUGGUCCAGGAAUAGAUGACUCAGUAUGAAUCUCCAAGGACUUAUGAUGAUCACCGCAAAGGACUUCGGGAGGAACGGGCUCUACAAAAACAGCGAUAACUUUUUGAAUUAUUAAUUUUUUUUUUUGAAAUUUUCGUGAAGUCAAAUCGAAACGUGUUCUAAUAAAGCUAUGUUUUUAUUUUUGUCAAAUAAAGUAAUUAACUACAAAAAAAAAAUUAUUGAAAAUCA